GGGCGACUCAGGUGACUGUGCGGGGCGGGCCGACGGACUGCGGGGCGGACGGUGGACGCCGGGACGCCGUUCUAUCUCCGGCCCCCUCGAGCCGAGCCCCGCCGUCGUUGCCGCCAUGACGGGGCUGGUGCUGCUCUACUCCGGGGUCUUCGUGGCCUUCUGGGCCUGCCUGCUCGUUGUGGGAAUCUGCUACACCAUUUUUGACUUGGGCUUCCGCUUCGACGUGGCAUGGUUCUUGACCGAGACUUCCCCCUUCAUGUGGUCAAACCUAGGCAUCGGCCUGGCUAUCUCCCUGUCUGUGGUUGGGGCAGCGUGGGGCAUUUAUAUUACUGGCUCUUCCAUCAUUGGGGGAGGGGUGAAGGCCCCCAGGAUCAAGACCAAGAACCUGGUCAGCAUCAUCUUCUGUGAGGCUGUGGCCAUCUACGGCAUCAUCAUGGCAAUUGUCAUCAGCAACAUGGCUGAGCCUUUCAGUGCUACUGACCCCAAGGCCAUCGGCCAUCGAAACUACCACGCAGGAUACUCCAUGUUUGGGGCUGGCCUCACAGUGGGCCUGUCCAACCUCUUCUGCGGCGUCUGUGUGGGCAUCGUGGGCAGUGGAGCUGCCCUGGCUGAUGCGCAGAACCCCAGCCUCUUCGUGAAGAUUCUCAUCGUGGAGAUCUUUGGCAGUGCCAUUGGCCUCUUCGGGGUCAUCGUCGCAAUCCUUCAGACCUCCAGAGUGAAGAUGGGCGAUUAGAUGGCCUGUGUGGGUGGGGCCGUGCCUCACUCUUAUUUAUUUGUGGUUCUCCUGAGACAGCUGGAGCUGUGCCCCUCAGGCUUUCAGGGGGCUUGGGGUCCAGGGCCCUCCCUGCACUCACUUCUUGCUGCCUGUCGACUUGGAGGCAAUGCCUGGCUGGAUCCUCAGUGUGGGGAGUGGGCCGCCCAUGACCAUGUGCAGCUUGGUACCUGUGUCCCGCCUCCACCUCCACCCCGUCUUCCCAGUGUUUGUGAAAUAAACGUGGCAUUUGUCUGGGUCA